AGCCGGAAUUUUUUCCCCUGGGCUGCGAAGUUAGUUAGUCUCGAUUUAGUGGUAGAGAUAAUAGUAUACUGUAACUAAAUUAAUAAGUAACAUAUCCACUAACAGUUGUAACAUGUCAUCUGUUAGUGACAAUAAUGUGCAUGACCCGAGUGGUGAUUCCACCGUAACUUUAAAUCAUCAUCAUAAAAUUACCCAUACAUUAGAUGAAGAAUGUGCAAUUUGCUUAGAAACUAUUAAUCACCAUGAUAGAAUUGGUAUUAUAGAUUCUUGUGAUUGUAAGAUUCUGAAUCAAAAUUAUCAUGAUAAAUGUAUUUUAAAAUGGUCAUCUAAUUCCAAUAGUUGUCCUAAAUGUCGGAAACGAUUUUAUAAAAUUAAUAUUUAUAAUAAGAUUCAUACAUCAUUAAGAUUAAUUCAAUCAUUUAAUGUUAAGGAUAAGUUAUUAAUUAAUGAUGCUAUUAAUAAUAUACCUGCUGAAUUCAUUAUAAAUUCUAAUAAUUUCCCCGAUUCUUCCAUAUCAGGAAUAACUUCAGUAUCAUCAACUAUGGCCCCUAGAAUAAGAUCUCUAACAUCUUCAUCUACUAUGAGAUCAACUCCAGAACCUAUAAUGAAUGGAGUAUGUAUAAUUUGUUCAUCAUCCAAUUAUAAUUUUAGAUCGGGUCUAAUUAAUUGUACCAGUUGUAAUUCUAAUUUUCAUUAUUCCUGUUUGAACCAAUCUAGACUUAAUCAUUCUCAUAGUAUAACUGGUGGUGGUAGUAGUAGUAGUAGAAGUAAUGGUAGUAAUAUUGAUGGUACAAUUACUCAAAUUGGUGAUAUACUUAGUCGAACCAAUCAAGUAGUUGAGACAGAAGAUGACUAUUUCCAAUGGUGUUGUCCUAUCUGUGAUAGUGAUCAAGAAUCUCUUGUUCCUUAUUAUAGAAGAACUACUAGACUUCUAAAGCGUAGUGGUAAUAAAAGUGUUACUACUAAAAGGAUAACUCGAAAACCAAGACGAAGUAAUAAUAAUAUUAAUAGUACCAGCAAUAAUAAUUGUACUAUUAUUGAUGAUAUUUAUGAUUAUAAUGAUAGUAUGAGUGAAAUUGAUGAUGAUUUUAAUGAUAUUAUACGAGAUAAUGACACUAAUUUUGAAGGAGUAAUGUUUGAUGAUGAGUAUAAUAAUGAUAUUAAUGAUAAUACAAAUUCUUCACUGAAUUCACAAGACAAUUACUAUUAUAAUCCUCCUAUAAUAAAUGGAGGAGUACUUUUAAGAAAAGAAUUACGAGCUAAACAAAAUUUAACUAAAGAAGAACAACAAUCUUGGGAUUUAUUUGAACAAGUUCGUAAUAAUGAUGAUGAUAAUGGUCAAGAAAUCACUCCUGAUAAGGAUGAUCAAUCGAAUGAUUCAACUGAUAAGAAAAGAAAGAGAAGAAAGAGGAAAGUUGAGAUGGAUACUACUACUACUACUACUAAUAAUAAUGAAUUAACUAAUAAUUCUUCAAUAAUACAUCAACCUCAACAUCCUAGUCGUAUAUCUAAUUUAUUAAGUCAAUUAAAAACUACAUCUUCAACUAUAAAGCAAGCUUCAUCAUCGAGAUUCCCUAAACCUGCUUAUGUAUAUUCAUCACCUCCACCCAAUAAUCAACUACAAAAUUCUCCUAUAAUUCCUAUAUCAGAAUCUCCAAGUUCAAUAUCUCCAAUGUCUAAUAGCCCUAUGGAAAUUAAUGAUAGUGAUACUCAAUAUGAAAGUGAUUAUAAAGUAUUAUCACGACAACCCAUUAUAUCUAAACCAAAAUUCGAAUUAACUUUAGAUCAAAAGCUUGUAAUUCAAAAGUAUAUUCGAAAUAAUUUACGUCCCUUAUAUAAUCCUUUACAAGAGAAUUCAAAAAUUAAAAAUGAGAAUCAUUAUAUUACAAUUAAUAAAACAAUCUCGAGAAAAAUUUAUAGUCAUAUAAUUAAUGAAUCAAGAAGAAUAAUUAUAAGUGAUUAUGGAUCAGAUACUGAACUUGAAGAAAUUAAUUCUAAUAUUAUAGAAUCAUAUUUCAAUAGUUCAGAUCCUAAUAAGUUAAUGAGUCUUAUUGAUAAAUUCGUACAACAUGAAAUAUCAAAGUUAUAGGGGUAAAAUAUUUUUAUUUUUAUUUUUAUUUUCAUUUUCA